GCUUUUAGAUCCUUCAAUGGGCGGGAGAGAUUGCGGUGGAAUUCAGUCCGACCCAACCCUAGCCUGCAUAGACGUAUUCGCCACCUGACGAGCUGAAAGAACAUACAGACGAUGUUUUGUGACCAUAUGCAUCUACCCGUGCUGACCUUGUCCUUGUGCGCUGGAGGUCUGUUCCUCCUGUGGGCCGUCCUGCCGAUCCAGGCCGACUCGUCUCUGGGCUGUGACGUCUGGAGAGACGUGUCGUUCUACGCCGAGAAGGAGGGAUGCGAGCGGCAACAACUCAGCGUAGACGCUUGCAAGGGCCGCUGUGAUACUUGGCAGAUCCCGCACCUGACGCCGCCGUUCCGGACGUCCAGCCACACGGUGUGCACGUACGACCGGGUGGAGACCAGGACAACACAGCUGCAGAACUGCCAGCCAGGUGUCGACCCCACCUACGUCUACCACAACGCCGUGUCCUGCAGGUGCGCCAUGUGCCACGCCCACAACACGUCCUGCGAAACGUUAGUAUGAGGGGCUGUCUCCGGCGUAGUCUGCCGGGCGGCGACAUGGGCACACCAGACAAACAAGAAACACAGACUGGAAAACGAUUGUGGAUGCUAGAUAUAACGUUAGAUCAGAGAGAUGGUUUUACGACUGUAGUAAAACAUUGAUUCAACCCCAGAUUUCAUCAUACGUGAAUUUCUUUACCUUUAGACAGAGGCAACCAAGAGUUUGCCUUUUUUCAGUAUACAUGUAUAAACAUUUGUUCUGGUGAAGGUAGAUGGCAUUUGACUGUGAUAAUCUCAUCCGUUACACAUAUCUAAAGGGAAACGUCAGCAACAAGAAUGUACUGCCGCGGGUCGGAUGGUAUCAUACCCCCCUCCCCUGAGAAAACUUCGAGGAUACAAUGUUGUCCACCUAUACUGUAGAUUUGAGAAUAUUAAUGUAUACUGUCCACUAGCCUUUAGUGAUGUUCUGAAACCCACUCUGUCACUGCAAAUGGAGUAGUCUUUGAGUUUCAGUCCACGAAAAACUUCAAAUAAACGGUAUUG